UUUAUCAGAAAACAUUCAUAGUGAAAGUUAGAAAAGAACAAGGCACAGAAAGCAAGAGCAAGUGACCCAAUUCUGUCGGGUAAAAUUAGUAGGCUUCUCUCAGGACUAUAAUACGUGUCUGUGUACUGUCUCUCACUGAAGAAGUCGUACUACGGAGAAACAACUUGGAGAAGAAGACGAGAGAGGAACAGGAGGAAGAGGGAAGGAGACUGAGACAGGAGGAGGGGCUGAGGUGGCAGACGAGGAAGGAGGACAUUAGGGAAGAGGAGAGCGGGCACCAGGAAGAGGGAAGGGGACAGGAGGAGGGGCUGAGGUGGCAGACGAGGAAGGAGGACUUUAGGGAAGAAGAGAGGGGGCACCAGGAGACUGCGGAACAACAGUGCAGAGAGAAGGAGAGGGAGAGAGAGAGGGAGAAGCAAUCGAUGGAGGACUCCUAUGGCUAUACCGGCAAGGUCCAGCCUGAGACAUCCAUGGCAGACAGGGCAAAGUCCAAAUCCACUCCUGAGCUGGACCAUGUGGAGAAACCAGAGAUCAAAGUGACGAGCAGUGACGGGCUGGGUGAGGCAUCGUGGAUAAAGGGUCAGCAGAACCUGCCCAAGGCACAGCUGGAGAGGCAGCAGAUCCUGCAGGAGAUGAAAAAGAAAGUCAGACUACGCAACGACAACAGCUGGAUCCGCCAGUGCUCCACCAGCAAGCACCCUGCCGCCGGACCCAUCAGGAAAGGCAAGUCUCUCGACAACCUGGACAUCUGCUCUUCCUGGCGCUCGUCGUGGACACCGGAAAGCACCUCCUCCAUCCUCAACUACAGUUGGCCUCACUCUGCCCUCAACACCAACAUCGGCGGGGUCAGAGGUCAUUCCGGCUCAGCCACGAAGUCCUCUCUCUCCAUGAGCUCCCUCAGAGGAGCCGGGGUUGGAAGCAACCAGCGCUCUCCCUCACCUCUUCCCCUUCUACUGGCCCCAAGUCUCAGUCAUUCCUAUCCGUGCAUGAAAGCAGCAGGACAGUGAAUGGCAAGAGAAUCUGUACUUUCUGUGACACGGCACUGGUCAAGGGAGCCGCCAUGGUCAUCGAGUCCCUGGGGCUCGUUUAUCAUUUGACCUGUUUCAAGUGCAUCAACUGUAAGUCUGAGCUGCUGGGCGCAUCGGAGGUCGGAGCGGAGGGCAGAAUACGGAACCUACGGCUCUUCUGUGACUCCUGCUACAUGAUUCAAAAGUGGACAGUCAACCUCCGUGAGAAAUCAGUCAAAAGAUUUUCAGAAGUAAAGCAAGAUACACCAGCAGUGUUGUUUCCAAAGGGAGCAAAUGAAACAUAGUGGGCAGAACAAGGAGUUUCAAGUUUAGUUUUAAUGUCACAUGCACAGGAUGAAGCAGGUCUAAAACAGUACAGUGAAAUGUUAACUUGUGAGCUCUUUCCCAUCAAUGCACAAUAAAGCCAGUGAGAUAGAAAUAAAACAGGACAUGAGAAGAAACAUGAGGAUGCUGUUAAAUACAGGUCCGAAUUACAGGUCUGAUAUACAGGUCUCUGAUAUACAGGUACGAAUUACAGGUCUCUGAUAUACAGGGGUCUGAUAUACAGGUCUCUGAUAUACAGGUACGAAUUACAGGUCUCUGAUAUACAGGGGUCCGAUAUACAGGUCCGAUAUACAGGGGUCUGAUAUACAGGGGUUCGAUAUACAGGUCCGAUAUACAGGGGUCUGAUAUACAGGGGUCUGAUAUACAGGUCCGAAUUACAGGUCUGAUAUACAGGUCCGAUAUACAGGGGUCUGAUAUACAGGGGUCUGAUAUACAGGUCCGAAUUACAGGUCUGAUAUACAGGUCUCUGAUAUACAGGUCUGAUAUACAGGGGUCUGAUAUACAGGUCCGAUAUACAUACAGGUCCGAUAUACAGGGGUCCAAUAUACAGGUCUGAUAUACAGGGGUUCGAUAUACAGGUCUGAUAUACAGGUCCAAUAUACAGGUCCGAUAUACAGGGGUCCGAUAUACAGGUCUGAUAUACAGGGGUCUGAUAUACAGGUCCGAUAUACAGGGGUCUGAUUUACAGGGGUCUGAUAUACAGGGGUCUGAUAUACAGGUCCGAAUUACAGGUCUGAUAUACAGGUCUCUGAUAUACAGGUCUGAUAUACAGGGGUCUGAUAUACAGGUCCGAUAUACAUACAGGUCCGAUAUACAGGGGUCCGAUAUACAGGGGUCCGAUAUACAGGGGUCUGAUUUACAGGGGUCUGAUUUACAGGGGUCCGAUAUACAGGGGUUCGAUAUACAGGUCCGAUAUACAGGUCCGAUAUACAUACAGGUCUGAUAUACAGGUCCGAUAUACAGGUCCGAUAUACAGGUCCGAUAUACAGGGGUCCGAUAUACAGGGGUCCGAUAUACAGGUCUGAUAUACAGGGGUCUGAUAUACAGGUCUGAUAUACAUACAGGUCCGAUAUACAAGUUCGAUAUACAGGGGUCUGAUAUACAGGGGCCCGAUAUACAGGUCCGAUAUACAUACAGGUCUGAUAUACAGGGGUCCGCUAUACAGGUCCGAUAUACAUACAGGUCUGAUAUACAGGGGUCCGAUAUACACGUCCGAUAUACAUACAGGUCUGAUAUACAGGGGUCCGAUAUACAGGGGUCCGAUAUACAGGGGUGCGAUAUACAGGGGUCCGAUAUACAGGUCCGAUAUACAGGGGUCCGAUAUACAGGGGUCCGAUAUACAGGGGUCCGAUAUACAGGGGUCCGAUAUACAGGUCUGAUAUACAGGUCUGAUAUACAGGACUGAUAUACAGGUCUGACAUACAGGGGCCGAUAUACAGGGGCCGAUAUACACACAGGUCUGAUAUACAGGUCUGAUAUACAGGGGUCCGAUAUACAGGGGUCCGAUAUACAGGGGUCUGAUAUACAGGGGUCCGAUAUACAGGUCCGAUAUACAUACAGGUCUGAUAUACAGGGGUCCGAUAUACAGGGGUUCGAUAUACAGGGGUCCGAUAUACAGGGGUCUGAUAUACAGGGGUCCAAUAUACAGGGGUCCAAUAUACAGGGGUCCAAUAUACAGGUGUAAUAUCUAGGGGUCUGAUAUAUAGGUCCGAUAUACAGGGGUCCGAUAUACAGGUGUAAUAUACAUGUCCGAUAUACAGGUCCGAUAUACAGGUGUAAUAUACAUGUCCGAUAUACAGGUCCGAUAUACAGGUCUGAUAUACAGGGGUCCGAUAUACAGGUCUGAUAUACAGGGGUCUGAUAUACAGGUCUGAUAUACAGGAGUAAUAUACAUGUCCGAUAUACAGGUCCGAUAUACAGGUCCGAUAUACAGGUCCGAUAUACAGGGGUCUGAUAUACAGGGGUCUGAUAUACAGGUCCGAUAUACAGGUCCGAUAUACAGGGGUCUGAUAUACAGGUCUGAUAUACAGGGGUCUGAUAUACAGGUCCGAUAUACAGGUGUAAUAUACAGGUCUGAUAUACAGGGGUCUGAUAUAUAGGGGUCUGAUAUAUAGGGGUCUGAUAUACAGGUGUAAUAUACAUGUCCGAUAUACAGGUCCGAUAUACAGGUUCGAUAUACAGGUCCGAUAUACAGGUCUGAUAAUACAGGGGUCUGAUAAUACAGGGGUCUGAUAUACAGGUCCGAUAUACAGGUGUAAUAUACAGGUCUGAUAUACAGGGGUCUGAUAUAUAGGGGUCUGAUAUAUAGGGGUCUGAUAUACAGGUGUAAUAUACAUGUCCGAUAUACAGGUCCGAUAUACAGGUUCGAUAUACAGGUCCGAUAUACAGGUCUGAUAAUACAGGGGUCUGAUAUACAGGGGUCUGAUAUACAGGUCUGAUAUACAGGGGUCUGAUAUACAGGUCUGAUAUACAGGGGUCUGAUAUACAGGGGUCUGAUAUACAGGUGUAAUAUACAGGUCUGAUAUACAGGUCUGAUAUACAGGGGGCUGAUAUACAGGUCCGAUAUACAGGGGUCCGAUAUACAGGUCCGAUAUACAUACAGGUCUGAUAUACAGGUCCGAUAUACAGGUCCGAUAUACAGGGGUCCGAUAUACAGGGGUCCGAUAUACAGGUGUAAUAUACAGGUCCGAUAUACAGGGGUCUGAUAUACAGGUGUAAUAUACAGGUCUGAUAUACAGGGGUCUGAUAUACAGGUCUGAUAUACAUACAGGUCCGAUAUACAAGUCCGAUAUACAGGGGUCCGAUAUACAGGUCCGAUAUACAUACAGGGGUCCGAUAUACAGGUCUGAUAUACAGGGGUCCGAUAUACAGGGGUCCGAUAUACAGGGGUAAUAUACAGGGGUCUGAUAUACAGGGGUCCGAUAUACAGGUCCGAUAUACAGGGGUCCGAUAUACAGGUGUAAUAUACAGGGGUCCGAUAUACAGGUCCAGUAUACAGGUGUAAUAUACAGGGGUCCGAUAUACAGGUCUGAUAUACAGGGGUCUGAUAUACAGGUCUGAUAUACAGGGGUCUGAUAUACAGGUCUGAUAUACAGGUGUAAUAUACAGGGGUCUGAUAUACAGGGGUCUGAUAUACAGGGGUCCGAUAUACAGGUCUGAUAUACGGGUCUGAUAUACAGGGGUCUGAUAUACAGGGGUCUGAUAUACAGGGGUCCGAUAUACAUGUCCGAUAUACAGGUCUGAUAUACAGGUCCGAUAUACAGGUCUGAUAUACAGGUCUGAUAUACAGGGGUCAGAUAUACAGGUGUAAUAUACAGGUCUGAUAUACAGGUCUGAUAUACAGGGGUCUGAUAUACAGGGGUCCGAUACAGGUGUAAUAUACAGGUCUGAUAUACAGGGGUCUUAUAUACAGGGGUCUGAUAUACAGGUCUGAUAUACAGGUCUGAUAUACAGGUGUAAUAUACAGGUCUGAUA